CUAUAGCGCCACUCUAGGGGAGUGUUUUAUUUUGGCGUUGAUUUCGUUUGUGGACUUUUCAGCUCUCAAACUUUUCAGCUGUAGUGUUUUACAGUAAGAAAUUCAGGGAGAUGAUGUGUGGAGGUUUUCUAAGGGUUGUCCGUCCUUCUGCUGUGGGCUUGAUGUCUAGUCUUAUGGUGAAGAAGAGCCAGGUGUGUCACAGGACACCAGUCAGCAUUCGCUACUCUGGCAGCGGUAACAGCGAAGAGGAGAAAAUCAGCCGCUUUCCUGUGCCUUACAAGAAAAACCUGCCCUAUGACAUUGUGGAGUUGAUGGAGGAGGUUGAGCUGAAGGGUGGCUUUCUGCCAAACGUCUUCAAGGUCCUCGCUCAUCGUCCUGCCGAGUUCCGAGCUUUCUUCGCUUAUUAUAAUUUGCUCAUGAACAAAGAGACCGGAGGUUUGUCAAAGGCAGAUCGGGAGUUGAUUGUGGUGGCAACCAGCGCCCACAAUAACUGCCUGUACUGCGUCGUAUCACACAGUGCACUACACCGAAUCUACUCGAAGAAGCCCACACUUGCUGAUCAGGUGGCAGUGAAUUAUGAAGUCGCAGAUCUUACUGCACGGGAGCGAGCCAUGCUGGACUUCGCCCUGACUGUGUGUCGCAGUGAGACAGUGACAGACAAACACUUCAGCUCUUUAGAGGCUCACGGAUUUGAUCGUGAUGAUAUCUGGGACAUCGCUGCCAUCACCGCUUUCUUUGCCCUGUCUAACCGCAUGGCCCACCUCACAGACAUGAGACCCAACACAGAGUUCUACAACAUGGGCAGAGUGCCUCGAGACAAACGUUCCCCAGGCACGGAGGACGACAGGCCGUAGAGUUGAAUAGUGAUGGAAGAUCAUCCUCACUAUUCCUGAAGAGAGAUUCAUGAUAAAUGCUUCGUUAUUCAGUGUGUGAAGUUUGUUCGAGCCAAACCAACAGUUUUCCGUUUAUUAGGAUCUGAAUGUUGUUUUUUUUUAUUGAACUUAACUUAUUCAACUAAUAAAAAUAAUCAUUUAGUUAA